AUGGUAUCUAAACAUCUCCACGACCACAACGAGCACCGCGUUUCAAAACGACGACAAUUGAGUGGACACCGCAAGACCAAACGGCUCGCGCAGGCCGCGAAAGAACGCGAACCCCAGCCCAUCCACCGUCUCCCGUCUCCGCCGAGCGAUCAACCAGUGCAUAAUUUCAAGAGGAAGUCACCCUUCGAAAACGAGCAUUCCACUCGAGAAGGAUCGCUACAGAAGAAGAAUCGCAGAUUUGGCUGUUUCGACUCGUUAGACAAGAGCGGAGUCGACGAGGACAACCAAUACGGUGGAGAAAUUCGCUGGGAGGAUUACUUCAGUGACUGGCCGCCAGCUGUAGUAGAGCAAACUAUGAGCACGCGGGAGCCUCGAGCAGCCAAGCGCUCUCACACGCCUUCACGAUCGGCCAGUGAUAGCCAACGUGUUCGAGAUGGAGAUUCUCCAGCCGCGUGGACGAGGAAACAUGAGGAGAAGAUGGAGGAAGCAGGACUAUUCAUGACAGCGGAUCGAACUCAGGCCGCUAUCACAGAAGAGUGCCAAAAGCUGUGUGAAAAAUUGCUUCAGGCUGAAUACGCCAUGCCAGCAGACGCACCUUACAGACAAGACCGUCUAGCAAAGGUGCUAAGACGAUUUCGCAACGAAGCACGAGUGGUACGCGAUGUGACGCCAAUCGUGGUUCCGUCCCCUGAACUGCUACAUAUUGAUGGGCAUGCCGAGCUGGACGAUGUGUGCGAAGCGAUGAAUGCGGAAUGGACGCAAUCCGACACCUUGUGUGGCCCGAGACCCAAACCAGAUUUCGUAACCGGCUUAUCGGCUGCUGCUUUCACAAAGGAGGAGAGAGAAAAGCUCCAGAUGAGUCACACGAGUGCAUGCCCCAACCUGUUCCCGGAGAACAUCGAUCGUCCAAUCGAGGAGGCGGAACGGCAGGCCAUGCACAGCGCCAGCAUCGCGACUCGAGCCGUGGUAGAACUGUUCCGGAAGAUUUCUGCAACGGCUGAAGUCCACGAGAAGAUUCUCGCGUUCUCUGUCGCCCACAAUCAUUCGAUGGUGAUGAUCUUUGCCCACUUCGCGACCGUUAACGACCAGCAGACAUCCUUUUUCCGCCGCUUGCUACAUCUUCACCGCUUCGCAGAGGAUCUCGAAUCUACGGCCUGGACCAAGUCGUAUCAGAUCAUUCGAGCUAUCUACGAACACUUCGUUCCUCGACAUCUCGCCCGAAUCCAGGGAGCGCUCUCGAGAAUGCGAAGCCCAUCACUUGCAUCGUUCGCAACGCAGCUCGGCAUCGACGAGGACUCCCAAGCAUCGACACCUGAUCAGUCGUCGUCGCAAGAGGACGGGCGAUUCAAGAAGCCUUUGCUUCCUUCGAUGACGAAACUGCAAGAGGAGAAUGAUAAGCUGCGUGACAGGCUUUUGGAGCUGCUGCGGGAACAGCAAGCCGAAGCCAUCAGGCAGAGGCAAGAACAGCAUGAGACAAAGGCGAUGAUGGAGGAACAGCUGGCCCAACAGAAGACGAUGAUGGAGAAACAGCUGGCCCAGCAGGAGGAGGAGUCUCGCGAGCAGAAGACGAUGAUGGAAAAACAGCUGGCCCAGCACAGGGAGGAGUCUCGCGAGCAGAAGACAAUGAUGGAGACACAGCUGGCCGAACAAAACGAACGCUCACAUGAGCAGAAGAUCAUGAUGGAAGACCAGCUAAAGCGGCAGAGGGAGCAGAUGGAGAAGCAUGUACAGUCUCGUGCACGAAGGACUCGAGGAAAGAUUGAUGAAUUCGAGACUAUGUCGCCAGGCUUGAACAUCUACAGUAUUUGGGAAGGUGUCUCGACCACAAUCUGUACGGAAUUACUUCAAUGCCGGCGGAGAGUGGUCUUUGCCAAGGAGGCAUCCAGUUCCGGAUGCCUCCUUGGUGCUCGCAUGCCGCGGGACUUGAAGGUUACGUCAUCCGACUCUCCCCUUGGAUCCGAUUCCGAGAGACCAUGCCAAGGAGACACCCAGUUUUCGAUGCCUCCUUGGCACUCACAUGUUGCAGGAGGUGGAAGUGACGAACGAAGAAAAAUAUUGUCUCGUAAUUUGGUCCUCUGGUCGCCUCGUCAUCACUACUACUCCUCGCUGUCUGCGACCUUCACGACCUAUCACGCACUCUCUGCACCUCACGCCACCAGCAUCUACGCCAUGAGACUAGUCUAA